AUGGCAAACAAACGGAAAUCGCUGAUUUUUAAUCGCAGGAAGCAACAAGACAUCAGCGAACAACUCGAAGGCAUUACGGAAGAGGAAAUGAUCGAGUAUAAGGAAGCAUUCCGCUUAUUUGAUAAGGAUGGGAAUGGAUCAAUAUCAUCGAAGGAGUUAGGCGUUGCGAUGAGGUCUUUGGGACAAAACCCGACCGAACAAGAGCUACUGGAUAUGGUCAAUGAAGUGGAUAUUGACGGUAGUGGUACUAUUGAUUUUCCGGAAUUCUGUCAAAUGAUGAAACGAAUGAAUAAGGAAAAUGACAGCGAAAUGAUCCGCGAAGCUUUUCGUGUAUUCGAUCGUGAUGGUAACGGGUACAUAACGGCCGAUGAAUUUCGAUAUUUUAUGACGCACAUGGGAGAGCAAUUCAGUGACCAGGAAGUUGACGAAAUUAUGGCUGAAGUCGAUAUCGACGGUGAUGGGCAGGUUAGGAAAGUUUUUUCCAAGCGCAGCACAAGCCAUAGCCAUAUUGCAGUUUAUUUCUAA